AAUGCAUUUUGUUUCUACACUGGUUUGUCUCAUAUCACUGUCGGGUAUUCAAUCUGCAUCGGUUUCUUCAUUAGAGUGUGGAGCCUGCUCCCUCCUCGUAACCCAUUUCGAGCUGAAAAUCGCCGCAGUCGACCCGAAAAAGAAAAUCGAAGUUGGAAGUUUCCGAGUUUCACCAACUGGAGAUCAAAAAGGGCUCAAGGAAAUCGGCUAUGCUCGUUCAGAAUCUCAUUUGACAGAAAUCAUUGAGCACGCUUGUGAUGAUGCGAAACACUAUAAACUUGUGGUGAAUACAAUUACUGGAAAAUCAGUCUACGUUCACAACGACGCCACACAUUUGAAAGGAGAUGAGUCUCCCAAAAUGAGAUAUAAUCUUCAAAACGCUUGCAACGACUUCAUUGACUCUCACGAAGAUGAGCUUCUUGGUUUCCUGAAGACCGCCCAUCAGGAUCCCGUCAAACAGUUCUGCCAAGGAGAAAUGGGUGCUUGCACUGCUGUCGAUGUGGCACCUCUACCUGCUGCUCCAGAAGAACCAAUGGAUCUUUCUGAUAUUCCAGAUGAUGAAAUUGACAGAAAAGAACUUUAAAUUAAAUUUUCCUUUUUUAAAUUAGUAAUUUAUGAAUUUCAACUCGUUUGCGGGAUCUGGAAAUUGUGCUAUAUCGUUAUCUGUUUGAAUUUUAAUUUAUAUGUGAUUUGUUUUGUGAUAUAAACUUCAAGUUUU